AUGCUUGAAAGAAUAAAAGAAAAGAGAACAGCAAUUGUAUGUCCUUCAAUAGAUAAUAUAAAUGCUGAAACUAUGGCAUAUACAAGUGGAGGUGAAAUUAAUUCUGUUGGAACGUUUUUCUGGUCUUUGCAUUUUCGUUGGGAUCCAAUUCCUGAAAGAAUUAAAAAAACUUUGAAAUCGGCUGCUGAUCCAAUUCCUUCCCCAACAAUGGCUGGAGGUUUAUUAGCUGCUAACAGAGAAUAUUUCCUUCAAGUUGGUGGUUAUGACCCUGGAAUGGAUAUUUGGGGUGGAGAAAAUUUGGAAAUAUCUUUUAGAGUUUGGAUGUGUGGAGGUUCUAUAGAAUUUAUUCCUUGUUCCCACGUCGGUCACAUCUUUAGAAGCGGCCAUCCUUACAACAUGACAGGUCCAGGCAACAAUAAAGACGUUCACGGGACAAAUUCUAAAAGACUGGCAGAAGUUUGGAUGGAUGAUUAUAAAAGAUUAUAUUAUUUACAUAGAAGGGAUUUAAUUGGGAAGGAUGUUGGGGAUUUAAAUGAAAGGAAAAAAUUGAAAGAAAAAUUAAAAUGUAAAGAUUUUAAGUGGUACUUGGAUAAUGUUAUUCCGGAAAAAUUCAUUCCAGAUGAAGAAGUACAUGGGUUUGGAGCGCUUCAAAACGUGGCAAGUCAGUUAUGUUUAGACACAUUACAGAAGGAAGAAAAGACAACAACACCUUUAUUUGUUUUUUCUUGUCAAGGAGGCGCCUCCUCAGCCCAAGUAUUUUCUUUAAGCAAGAAAAACCAACUUAGAAGAGAAAUUACUUGUGCAGAAGCUAGAGAAUCAGAAAAAGUAGUUUAUUUAGUGCCUAAUUGUGAUUUGGGGAAUAAAAACCAAUUGUGGGAACAAACAAAAGAUGGUUUAAUGAAGAAUUUGGGGACUAAUUUGUGUUUAGAAUCUUUAAAUGCCAAAAAUGGAGAUCAAGUGCCUUUGGAAAUUUGUGACAAGGAUAAAUUGACUCAAAAAUGGGAAUUUAUUUAUUGGGAUUAA